AUGGCCACCACCACCGAAACAAUAGCCACCACUGGCACCACUACCACCAGCGGACCAAGCUACAUCCCUCGGGGUCCCACAACCGCAGAGAUAACCUUCUACGCAUCACCACCCGACGGCUCCGCCCCAUUCAACUACGUCGAAGCACCCCCUGCCAACCAACCACAACGCAACUACCUCGAGCAAACGCAUCAAGUAAACAUAAACGACAUCCGCGGCGACGAAAAAUCCUACAAUCUAGACAAAGACGCCUUCCAAACCCUCUCCUCCGUCCCCACAAAAACAACCUCCUCAACCUUCGACUCGGACACCGCCGUCCGCGAAACAUACUACCCGGAAGUCGAAUCACUCCUUCUAUCCUCCAUCCCCGGCGCAGAGAAGAUAGUCUUAUUCGACCACACAAUCCGCCGCGCAAAGCCAGACGCCCCCCGCCAACCCGUCAAUCGCGCCCACGUGGAUCAAACCCCCCCGCGCAGCAGCCGACAGAACGAGGCAGAGAGACUUCUCGCAGGCCGUUAUCGCAUCGUGAACGUUUGGCGACCUCUGACGGCCGAGCCUGUUCAGUCCGCGCCGUUGGCGUUUGCGUCGGCGCAGUCUGUGGAUAAGGAUGAUCUCGUCCCUAUUCAACACCGGUAUCCGCAUCGGACGGGUGAGACUAUGGGGGUGAAGUUCAAUCCGGAGCAGAAGUGGAAGUAUUGGUCUGGGAUGAGCCAAGAUGAGAGGUUGUUGCUUAAGUGUUCGGAUUCGAAGGGGUUGGAGGGUGGUGAUGUUGCGCAGUGGGUGCCUCAUACUGCGUUUUGGGAUCCUAGGACGCCUGAUGGUGCGAGGUUGAGGGAGAGUAUUGAGGUUCGGGCUUUGGUUUUUGGAUGA